AUGACAACUUACGAAAUUGGGAUCAUCCAGCGGAUCCAGGAGGGAGAUCCGGAUGACGCAGAGUACAUCGCCAAUACUGCACGGCACUGGCUUCCCGUAUCUGUCUAUCUCUCCGUGUUGAUAAACCUGCUCAGGACGGAGACGGACUGGGAACUGGUCUCGUACGUCCUUGUGCACUUUACGGCCCAGCUGGCGAAUAAACACCUGUUUUGUGGUCCCAAGCUGCAGAAGAUCAUACCUGACCUUGUGGUUGCUGUUACUCAGAGCGUCACUGCCGGUAGCCCGAUAGACAGGAUCCCCAAGCCGAAGGGAGUCAAGAACACAGAUGUACAUGGGUUGGUCUACAACCUCAUCGCUAUCCUUAUCGGGCACAAGGGGAACCUCGAACGCACGCAGCAGGACGCGCUAGUCGACGUACUCCAAGAAGGGCUAACGCGGGACUCAGCCACAGCCAAGCCCUGCCUCCAAGCGCUCGCUAUCGCAUGCUUCGAACUCCCACUCUCGAUCACCCGUUCCCUCCCCAAGAUCCUCCCCAAGCUCACACAGAUCAUGUCCGCCUCUGCGACCAGCGUGCACAUCAUCGAGCUCAUAUGUGUCAUCGGUUCUAUCCCACAGCUCUACAGCAACUUUACAAGGGAAGACUACCAGCGCGUGUUUGGCGUCGCGGUCCAGUAUAUCCAGUACCACAAUAGUGCGCAAGCGACCGAGACGGGCUUGUCAUAUUCCCUCUCGCAGCAUAUCCUCCUCCUCGCGUACUACAGUAUCUAUAUCUGGUUCCUCUCUAUCCCGCUACUCGAGAGGCCAAAGUACGUCUCGUACAUCGCACGCGGUCUCCAGCUUGCGGUGCAGAACAAAGGCGGGAUGGACGAGCCUACGGAAGUGUGCUUCGACUGGCUCACAAGGUACACAUGGGCCAACGCCGACCCCAAACCACACAAGUCCUUCCUCUCGGACGUGAUCAUGCGCCCGACGAACGAGCCCGACACGCGAAUCGAAGAAAAACACUAUCUCCAAGGUCAUUCCAUCAUCACCAUCCGCACAGUGACCAAACGCGGCUGGAGCGAGAUCGUCUCCCACCGCCCGUCGGGCACUACACAGCUGAUAUGUAAACUUGAGAAUUUGCCAACUACAGGACCGGGAGAGUUUGCCCCGGAUCCUGUUACGGCUCAGGCGCUGGUUAUGGCUGAUCGGGACCUUAACGUUAUUGGCAGCGACGGUGGUCUCCGUCCUUUGGACGCCAUGACCGGCUACGUAUGGGUCGGAUCUGCGCCAUCCCAGAGACGCAAGCCGGUGUCCAUCCAUCCCAGCUUCCUUCCGGCUGUGAUUGGCCCCUUCCCCGGAGUGCCCACACCAUCUAAUCAGUUCAUCCCCCUUUCGCCGAGCGAGACGCUCGCUCGUACCCUGCGCCUCCUGAAUUCCUCUGCCGUCAUCGACGUUCACAAAGUCGGUAUCAUAUACGUUGGCCCUGGUCAAACCACCGAAGCCGAGAUUUUCAGCAACCAGAAUGGAUCCCCGGGAUACACGUCUUUCCUCGUCAACCUAGGUCGGCUCAUUCGGUUAAAGGGCCAGAAAGACGUGUACAGCGGUGGCCUCGAUCUUGAAAACGACUUGGAUGGCGAGUAUGCGUACGCGUGGUGGGACGACAUCGCCCAGGUCAUCUAUCACGCGGCGACCCUAAUGCCGAAUCACAAACAUGACACGCGAUUCGACUUGAAAAAGCGGCAUAUUGGGAAUGACAAUAUCCGCAUCGUCUGGAACGACUCUGGCUUGCCCUAUAAAUUCGACACGUUGGCAACCGAAUUCCAGUUUGUCAACAUCGUGAUCGAACCUCAUUCGGCUGGAUCUUUGUCUGCUUAUAGUCUUGGGUCCCACUCUGACGAAUACUACAAGUUGACUAUGCAGCGCGCUCCCGGGAUGCCCGAAUUUGGACCUACCGGAACCCUCAAGAUCGUAUCUGCACGAAACUUACCCAGUGUCGUGCGCCAGAUCAGCCUCUUGGCUGAUUUCUUCACCACGAUCUGGACGUUCACCUCUGGCGACAGGCGCAGAGAUGAAUGGGUCAGCAGUUGGCGCGGCCGAUUGCAGGCCAUCAAAAGGUUGCAGGCGUAUGUCCGCUCCUCUCAGCAGGCCGCUGAGGGACCUGGCGGCGCGCCCGCAGAAAUGGAUUUUUCCUUGGCUUAUUGA